AUGCAUCACCCGACUGAUGAAGUGACGAAUCGCAAGGCGACCGACGCCUUCCUCGAGCCCCUCCUCGCCAAGGCGCUGCUCGCCACCGGCACCGGCCGCGUCGCCUCGCGCAACCCGAACGUGCAGCAGGACCCGCUCCUGGCCCGGAUGCUCCACUCGAACGAGGACCUCUUCCGCUCGAUCGCCGCCGCCUUCUUCAAGCGAGAGGUCGGCGCCGUCUCCGCCGCGGAGCGCGAGAAGACCAAGCAGCUCUGCUACGCUCUCUGCUACGGGCUCGGGCCAGAGCAGCUCGGAGGCCACCUCAAGAUCAGCACGCCGGAGGCGCGGCGGCUCAAGGAGGACUUCCUUCGCUGCUUCGGCGGCAUGGGGGCGCCGCCGUGGAGCACGCCACGGCGCGAGCGGCGCCUCGUCACGCGCGCAGCUGCGAUCAACUCGACGAUCCAGGGCUCCGCGGCAGACAUCGCCAAGGAGGCGAUGAUCCGCUGCUGCGAGGAGCUGUCUGCCCACAACCUCCCCGCGCGGCUGAUUGCGCAGAUCCACGACGAGCUGUUGCUCGAGGUGCGUGACGAGGCGCUCGCGCAGACCGUCACGAGCGUCCGACGCGCCAUGGAGGAGAUGCAGGGCGUGUUCGCCGCCUUCCCGCUGCCGCGGCUGCCUGCCGAGGUGCGGGUCGGUCGCGACUGGGCGCACAUGCGCCCCUUUGACGAGCAAGCGUGAGGCCGAGGGUAGCUCUUGAGGGAAAGAGGGACACCGCCCGGACUUGCGCGCCCCUUGCGGGUCAUGGCGCCGGCGCGCUUGAGAGGGUCUCUCCUCUGGAGCGCGCGUGGCGGGACAGGGCUCGCGAAGGCGCUGGAGCGUGGCGGAUGGCGGCGGGGUACUGUACGGUUGCAUACACGUAUGGGCGGACUCGCCGGAUUCACACACGCUCUGCUCGCGUCCGUGUCGAGACGAGCGCGUCGUCCGUGACCAGUCUCCGUAUCUACAUACAUACGCAGAGAAA